UACCAUAUAUGGAGACACGCAAUCAUCCAGUGCAGCAUUUGUUUGCCGACAUCUUGAAAAGCUGUAGAGUCCUCCGGUGGUCAUAUGGAGAACUGUCUCUUCUCUCUGCAUUUCAUUAAAGCUCAGUGACUACAGUGCAUGUUUUAUUUCAAUCUACAGGAUACAGAACAUUUUUAACACAGAUUCAAAAAUGUAACUUUGUUAAAACGUACAGUGGCUGUUUUCAUUUUGGUUUGGUAGUUAUGCUUGACACUGACAUUUCACUUUCUUUGUGAUAGGAAAAGCUGAAGUGAACUUGACCUUGUUCUGACGGGCACCAUGGAUGUAAGUACCUUCAAAUUCUCAGAUCUCUACACUGUUAAGAAUGACGCAUAUCAUUGCAACUACUUUUUUCCACUGUUUCAAUUUAAAUAUAAAUGCUUAAAUCUUUGCUUGUGUCAAAUGGCCAUGUUUGCAAUUGCAAGUUGGUGUCCUCCACCCUGUCCCGUAUCUCCGUCCUGGUUCCUGAUACUUCUGUUUCUUCAUCUUCUUCUCCUCCUCCCUCUCAGCAUUCUGAUGCUCUGAGUGGCAGCUGCCCAUCUGCUGGUUCUGCCCCACAGGCCAACAGUCUUUGGUCCAGCCUGCCCACCUCUGGAUCUGGGUUCCCUGCAUGGCCAGGACAAUCCACCCAGUCUGCACCAUGCUGGCCCAGGACACAAACAGCUCCAGUCUGUCCCUGGACCAAUUUCAGUUCCAACCCUGACUCUGGCCAUAACACCAGCCCCUGCACCAACUUCACGUAUGAUCCCACCUCCAGUUAAAGUUCCAGCUCCUGCUCCAGUGCCUCGCUGGCCAGGCACCCAGUACCAGCCUCCCCACUUAUCACUUCCAAAGCAAGUUCCAGUCCCAGCACCACCUGCUCCUGCUCCUGCUACCAGCGACCAUCCAAAUGUACCAGGGUGGCCCACCCACCCACCCCGACUGGCCUUACCACACAGGACAGUCAUGGUGGCCUGGGCAGAAUCCAUCUAUCAUGCCUCCACACUGGGUUCCACCCACAUCAGGACGUCUAGUAAGUCAAAUGCAAAGAAUCUGAUUUGUAUGCUUCAUCCAGUGUUGUCAUUUGAUUGAAAGGCUGUUUCACUGUUCUUCUCUCUCUUGAUGCUUAGUGUGCCAUACAACUUGAACCUGCCCUGUGGGGUCUAUGACAAGAUGAUGAUGACCAUCCUGGCCCAUGUGCAACCUAAUGCUAAAAUGUUCACAGUAAACUUUCUGAGAGGCAAUGAUGUUGCCUUUCACAUCAACCCCCGCUUCAAUGAGGGGGGCAAACAAGUUGUGGUCUGUAACCACAAAGUAGGUGAGCGCUGGGGCUCAGAAGAGAGAGACCUGAAAGGACCCUUUCCCUUUGCUCUUGGGAUCCCUUUUAAGGUGAGUGGCAAAAUGAAGAAUCAGAUUGGGGCCAGUGGAUCGAGGAACUGGGCUUAAAGUUGUGAUGUCUGCUGUUAAGGGACAUUGUUGGCCUUCAAAG